GUAUGUGCCGAGAUCACUCCGGACUUCUGGAGGGAGAGCGGCCAAGGUGGCUGGCGGUUUUAUGGGAACUGGUGCAUCUGUGUGCACAAGCUUGGCGACUGGCUGCGCAGUACAGCGGACCACUUGGGUAUUGCAGGGAUAAACUGCAACGCGACGAGUGCGGAAGCCCUCCAUGGAGAUGCGGACGCUGCCAGGUACAUCGCGGAUCACUGCCGUACGACGGCAGUCAGAGAAGCAUUUGUUUGUCUUGGCCCCGUUCAGAUCAUAGAGAUGUUGGCGAAACGUCUUGGCAAGGAAGACGGAACGCCCGCACUUGUAGGGGCCAGUUGA